AAAUACGAUUACAACAUUUCUUUUGUUAAAAUGGUAUCAGAGCACGUACGAAUUCCGCAAAUUCUGUUCUUCGCUAGAUCAUUUCUUUUUUGAUUAAUUCAAAAUUUUCUUUGAUUUCUUGCUUCGAUUCAUCAUGGAUUCUGUUCUUAAUACUAAUAGUGAUGCUAAUGCGAAAAUAAACGAUUCUCAUCUGUUUCUCGUUUCUAAUCUGUUAACUGGAAACGAAAAUUAUAUGCAAUGGAAGUACUCGAUCCAAAUUGCUCUAGGAGCAAAGAGGAAAGCCGGAUUUAUUGAUGGCACGACGAAGAAACCAGAAUCUGAAGGAGCAGAGCUUGACGACUGGAUCAUUCUUAUUUAUUGUGAAGAGAAAUUGAAUCUGUUCGAAGCCCAGUCACUUAACAUUCUUAGAUUUACUUUUGUUCUUCUUUCUAUCUUGUGGCUCAACUUCAUUUAAUUGAUAAUGUUUGAUUUUGAUUUUACCGAUGUGUUAUUCCUGUUUCUCACUUUAUCUCCAUCGCCUUUCAAACCAUCGAAAUCGAUGCUUCUUGAAGAUGAAAAUCAAUGUCAUGUUGUGAACAUCGACCCCGCGACACCUCUUCAUCUUCGAUUCCUAUCUCCCCUUUGCUCCUUUCUAAUCAAUUGGUGGUGGAAGGAAGAAUGAGGAGAGAGCUGAAACCGAUGAUACAGUCUCUGAUACUCCUGCUACACUUGAAACGUUUGCUGAAAGGAAAGCCAUCCACUCCUGUCCCAAUCACAGUUCUUGAAGGAGAUAAUAGCUACGGAAUUUGCUACGGAACAAAUAGCUACGUAAUUUGUUACGGAACAAAUGGCUACGGAAUUUAG